UGGACGGCGCCGGGCAGAGGAAGCCCCGCGAUGGCGGCGGCGCCGGCUCUGAAGCACUGGCGAGCCACGCUGGAGCGGGUGGAGAAGUUCGUGUCGCCGCGCUACUUCACCGACUGCAACCUCCGCGGCAGGCUCUUCGGCGACAGCUGCCCGGUGGCGGCGCUCUCGAGCUUCCUGACGCCCGAGAGACUUCCGUACCACGAGGCGAUCCAGCGGGACUUCCGCCCCGCGCGGGUCGGCGACAGCUUCGGGCCCACGUGGUGGACCUGCUGGUUCCGCGUGGAGCUGAGCAUUCCAGAAGCAUGGGUGGGCCAGGAGGUUCACCUCUGCUGGGAGAGCGAUGGAGAGGGCCUGGUGUGGCGCGAUGGCGAGCCCGUCCAGGGUUUGACCAAAGAGGGUGAGAAGACCAGCUACGUCCUGACGGAGAAGCUGGGGGACCAGGAUCCCCGCAACCUCACGCUCCACGUGGAAGUGGCCUGCAACGCGCUGCUGGGGGCGGGGAAGGGCAGCCUGAUCGCACCCCCAGACCCCGACAGGACCUUCCGGCUGAGCCGCGCCGAGCUCGCCGUGUUCCGCCGCGACGUCCACGGGCUCCUGGUGGACCUGGAGCUGCUGCUGGGCAUCGCCAAGGGCCUCGGGCAGGACAACCAGCGCAGCUUCCAGGCCCUGCACACGGCCAACCACAUGGUGAACGCGUGCGACCCCGCGCGGCCCGAGACCUUCCCCGCCGCGCGCGCCCUGGCGUCCCGGUUCUUCAGCCAGCGCGGGGGAGAGAGCCAGCACACGGUGCACGCCACGGGGCACUGCCACAUCGACACGGCCUGGCUGUGGCCGCUGGAGGAGACGGUGCGCAAGUGCGCGCGGAGCUGGGCCUCGGCCGCGCGGCUCAUGGAGGACAACGCCGACUUCAUCUUCGCCUGCUCGCAGGCCCAGCAGCUCGAGUGGGUGAGGAGCCGCUACCCCGGGCUGUACGCGCGGCUCCGGGAGUGCGCGGGCCGCGGGCAGUUCGUGCCCGUGGGGGGCACCUGGGUGGAGAUGGACGGGAACCUGCCGAGCGGGGAGGCCCUGGUGCGGCAGUUCCUGCUCGGGCAGGCCUUCUUCCUGCAGGAGUUCGGGGCCACGUGCUCGGAGUUCUGGCUGCCGGACACCUUCGGGUACUCGGCGCAGCUCCCCCAGAUCAUGCGGGGCUGCGGCAUCGCGCGCUUCCUCACCCAGAAGCUGAGCUGGAGCCUGGUGAACGCCUUCCCGCACCACACCUUCUUCUGGGAGGGGCUGGACGGCUCUCGGGUGCUGGUCCACUUUCCCCCGGGGGACUCGUACAGCAUGCAGGGCAGCGUGGAGGAGGUCCUGAAGACGGUGACCAACAACCGCGACAAGGGGCGCGCCAACCACAGCGCCUUCCUCUUCGGCUUCGGGGACGGGGGCGGCGGCCCCACGCAGGCCAUGCUGGACCGCCUGACGCGGCUGCGCAACACCGACGGGCUGCCCAGGGUGCGGCUCUCCUCCCCGGCCCAGCUCUUCUCGGCCCUGGAGCGAGACGCGGGGCAGCUGUGCACGUGGGUCGGGGAGCUGUUCCUGGAGCUUCACAACGGCACCUACACCACCCACGCCCAGCUCAAGAAGGGGAACCGGGAGUGCGAGCGGACCCUGCACGACGCGGAGCUGCUCAGCAGCCUGGCCCUGGCCCGCCGCGCGCGCUUCCUCUACCCGGCCGCCCAGCUGCAGGCGCUGUGGAGGAACCUGCUCCUCAACCAGUUCCACGACGUGCUGACCGGAAGCUGCAUCCAGCUGGUGGCCGAGGAGGCCCUGCGCCUCUAUGACGACAUCCGUUCCCAGGGCGCCGCGCUGCUGGGCGCAGCGGCCGCAGCCCUGAGCGCCGGGGAGCCGGGCCCCGAGGGCGUCCUCGUGGUCAACACGCUGCCCUGGCCGCGCACCGAGGUGCUGUCGCUGCCCAGGCCCGGGGGGGCCCACAGCCUCGCCCUGGUGACGGUGCCCGGCGUGGGCUACGCCCCGGCGCCCGGACCCGCCCCGCCGCCGCCCGAGCAGCCGCCCGUGUGUGUGGUGCAGGAGGCCGACGGCUCAGUGACCCUGGACAACGGCCUCGUCCGCGUGACGCUGGAUCCCACGGGCAGAGUCGCCUCCCUGGUCCUGGUGACCUCCGGCAGGGAGGCCAUGGCCCGGGGCGCCCUGGGGAACCAGUUUGUGGUGUUUGACGACGUCCCCCUGUACUACGCGUGGGACGUCAUGGACUACCACCUGGAGACCCGGAGGCCCGUGCCGGGCCAGGCGGGGACCCUCACGGUGGGCGCGCAGGGCGGGCUCCGCGGCAGCGCCUGGUUCGUGCUGCAGCUCAGCGGGGACAGCCGGCUGCGGCAGGAGGUCGUGCUGGACAUGGGCUGCCCCUACGUCCGCUUCCACACCGAGGUGCACUGGCACGAGGCCCACAAGUUCCUGAAGGUGGAGUUCCCCGCGCGCGUGCGCAGCCCCCAGGCCACCUACGAGAUCCAGUUCGGACACCUGCAGCGGCCCACCCACUACAACACCUCCUGGGACUGGGCCCGAUUUGAGGUGUGGGCGCACCGCUGGGUGGACCUGUCGGAGCACGGCUUCGGCCUGGCGCUGCUCAACGACUGCAAGUACGGCGCGUCCGUGCGGGGCGGCGUGCUCAGCCUCUCGCUCCUGCGGGCCCCGAAGGCCCCCGACGCCACGGCGGACAUGGGGCGCCACGAGUUCACCUACGCCCUGAUGCCGCACCAGGGCACCUUCCAGGAAGCCGGUGUCAUCCAAGCUGCCUACAGCCUCAACUUCCCCCUGCUGGCCCUGCCGGUCCCGGGGCCCGCGCCCGCCGCCUGGAGCGCCUUCUCCGUGUCCUCGCCCGCCGUGGUGCUGGAGACGGUCAAGCAGGCCGAGAAGCCCCAGGGCCUCGCGCUGGUCCUGCGUCUGUACGAGGCCCACGGCAGCCACGUGGACUGCUGGCUGCGCAGCUCGCUGCCCGUGCAGGAGGCCUUCGCCUGCGACCUCCUGGAGCGGCCCGACCCCGCCGGCCCCCUGCCCCUGCGGGACGCCGGCCUGAAGCUCAGCUUCGCGCCCUUCCAAGUGCGCUCCCUGCUGCUGCUGCUGCGGCCGCCGCCGGCCGAGGCCCCGCCGAGUCCCGGGCGAGGCCCCCGAGGCCCCGCCGGGGUCCCGCCCCCCACCUGAGUGCAAUAAAGCCGGGCCGCAGCC